AUGGCUGAAUGGAAUGAUGAUUGGGAAACUGUUCCGGGAGCAGCGCCGACACCCAGCGUUCCUGCAACAAACACUCGUCAAUAUCGUGGAAGAACUUUUAGAGGCAGAGGAUCACGAGGAGGUUCCGCCAACAAUGAUGUCAAUUGGAGGGAGCGUGGAAAUAAUAGUGGCGGAGACUACCGCCGCAAUAAUGAUCGAGAUAACCGACGCAACUACCAAGAAGAUGCAGGUAUCAAAAAAGUUAUUUAUGUUCCUUCAAACAAAGUAGGCCGUAUUAUAGGCAAAGGUGGAUCAAAAAUACGCGAUCUGCAAUAUGAAUCUGAUGCCAAAAUAAAAAUUGGCGAUACAAGCGGUAAUGAGGCAGACAUUACCCUGAUGGGCUCUGAUCAAGCUAUUGCAAAGGCUGAAAGUUUAAUUAAUGAUUUGGUUGAAGAUUAUAAGCCACCACCUCCACCGAAAAAUGAUGACGUGGACAAUAGUUGCACUAGAGCAGGAGAGUUUUUCAAAACCAAUGAAAAUGGUGUACAAGUUAUUGAUUGGGAAAAGCUUAAUGCAUAUCAUGCAGAGGAACAGCAGAAUAGGUGGGCGAAACUGCCGCCCAUUGUCAAAGAUUUUUACCAGGAGGAUCCAGUUGUAGCUAAUAUGUCCCCUGAUGAAGUAAAGCGUUGGAGAUUAGCUAACAAUGACAUUACAGUUAAAAGAACUUUUGAUGAUAAACCUGAUUUAAGACCUAUACCAAACCCAGUGGUCACUUUUGAACAAGCAUUCCAACAGUAUCCUGAAAUUCUGGAAGAAAUUUAUAAACAAGGCUUUAAACAACCUUCUCCUAUUCAAAGUCAAGCAUGGCCCAUACUGUUAAGGGGUGAUGAUUUAAUUGGCAUUGCUCAAACUGGUACUGGGAAAACAUUAGCAUUUCUUUUGCCAGCUCUUAUACAUAUUGAGGGACAAACUGUCCCCAGGGAUCAGAGGGAGGGUCCAACAGUAUUAAUCAUGGCCCCCACAAGAGAACUUGCAUUACAAAUAGAUAAGGAAGUGUCCAAAUAUCAAUACAGAGGUAUAAAAUCUGUUUGUCUAUAUGGUGGAGGAGACCGCAAGGAGCAGAUUAAAGUAGUGUCUAAAGGUGUAGAUAUAGUCAUUGCAACACCUGGCAGGCUUAAUGAUUUGGUACUGACUCGUCACUUAAAUAUCAUAAAUUUCUCAUACAUUGUGCUAGAUGAAGCUGAUCGGAUGUUAGACAUGGGAUUUGAGCCUCAAAUCAGAAAGUCAUUAUUUGAUGUUAGGCCUGAUAGACAGACUGUUAUGACAUCAGCGACUUGGCCAUCAGGUGUGCGUCGUCUUGCAGAAUCCUACAUGAAGGAUCCCAUACAAGUUAAUGUGGGAUCAUUAGACCUGGCUGCUGUGCACACUGUCACACAGAAAAUAUUAUUUGUGGAAGAGGAUGAUAAAGAGGCUGCAUUGUUUGACUUCUUGCAAAAUAUGGAUGCAAAUGAUAAAGUUAUCAUAUUUUGUGGUAAAAAAGCUACUGCAACACAUAUUACCACAGAGCUAUGUCUUAAAGGCAUAGCAUGUCAAUCUUUGCAUGGAGACAGAGAUCAAAGUGACCGGGAGGCAGCUUUAGAGGAAAUGGUAGAUGGAACAGUAAAUAUUCUGGUUGCAACUGAUGUUGCUUCACGAGGUAUUGAUAUUAAAGAUCUCACACAUGUUGUUAACUUGGACUUCCCAAGACAUGUAGAAGAAUAUGUCCACAGAGUGGGAAGGACAGGACGGGCAGGAAAAACAGGAAUAUCUCUAACAUUUGUUACAAGGCAAGAUUGGAAUAAUGCUAGGGAUCUAAUCAAAAUUCUUGAAGAGGCUAAUCAAGAAAUUCCAUUGGAGUUAGAACAAAUGGCAGAUAGGUUUGAGGCUAUGAAAUUGCGACGAGACGGUGGAGGCUCGGGCCGAGGCCGCGGGGGCCGUGGUGGACGUGGUGGAAGAGGAAGGGACAGGUGGUAA